UCAAAAGAGAACUUCAGUUUGGCCACAAGAGCCGAAAAUGUCGGACGCAGGAAGCGGCGAUGGCCGUGGUGCUAGGAGACGUGGGCGUGAUAUUCCAUACAAUGUGCCCAGACGGCCAGAGGAAACGACUGCGAAUACAAGUUCAUCCUGCGGUUCUUUUGCACAGGAUCAAGGAGCAGGACGUGGUGCGGUACGAGUCGGAGGACCUUCAAGUGAAAGACAAACAAGUGACAGAGAUGCGGGACCAAGCCGCGUUAGGACAUUUGUUGCCAGCCGGAUGGACGAAGUCGAUCGUGAACUUGUAACACGUCCAGCUGGAUUCAACAAAAUCGGAUCGAGAGGAACACCGCUGAAUGUCAUAACCAAUUAUUUUCAGUUAAUCAAAAGACCUGACAUGCAUCUGUUGCAGUAUCGUGUUGAUUUCACGCCGGAAGUUGAUCAUCCCGGCGUCAGAAAGGCCCUCGUCCGCGUCCACGAGCCAACGCUAGGAAAGUACAUUUUCGACGGCACCCUUCUCUACAAUACAAUCCGUCUCACGCAACCGCUGGAAUUGGCCUCACGGCGAAAUUCAGAUGGAAGCGACGUGAAAAUCACGUUUAAACUGGUCGGAGAAAUUCAAAAAGAAGAUGCAAUUUACUCAACGGUGAUGAAUUUAAUUUUACGCCGUUGUAUGGCUAUGCUUAAUUUGGUACUGAUUAAGCGAAAUUAUUACGACAAAGAAGCUAAAACCGACGUUCCAGGUUACCCUAUAACUAUUUGGCCGGGAUACCUGACAACAAUUCAACAUUACGAACAAGAUUAUCUUUUGAAAUUGGACACCAUUAGUAAAUUUCUACGUAGAGACACGGCACAUGAUGUGAUGGAUAAAAUUCGUCGUCGACAAGCAGACCUUACUGAUUAUCAGAGUCGAGUGAAAGGAGAACUACUCGGCAAAAUCGUGAUGACAGGCUACAACAACAAAACGUACAGAAUCGACGAUGUGGAUUUCGAUAAAAACGCGCAAUCGAAAUUCUAUCUACGCAAAGAAGACAGAGAAAUCACCUACGAGGAAUACUACAGAACGCGUUACCAACAAAGGAUAAGGUAUCCGUUACAGGCGUUGCUUAUGUGCCUGCCAUCACGUCGCGAUAUCAAUCGCGGCAACACAGAGCCCAUCUAUCUCAUCGCAGAGCUGUGCGGAAUGACGGGCCUUACAAAAGAAGAAAGGUUGGAUUUCAAAUUGACCAAAGUGGUAGCCAACUUAACGGGAGUCACGCCUGACAGACGAGUGGCCACUUUAAUGAAAUUUCGUCGCCGCUUGGAAGGGACUCCGCAGAUUCAACAAGAGCUUCGAAGCUGGGGAUUAGAAUUCGCAAAGGAACCAGUACCAUGCAAGGCAAGAAUUUUAUCCACAUUCCCUCUGAUGAUGGGCCCAACAGAAAUUCGAGUUACGAACGGCGAUUGGGGUCGGAACAUGCAAGACAAGAAAAUGUACGCAUCAGUCAAUUUAAACAACUGGAUUGUUUUGCAUCCUCGGGCCACGACCGAUAAAAUAAGAUCGUUUGUUAAGCAAAUCAAAACGGUAGGGGAUCCACAAGGAGUCCAUGUGUCGGAACCUCGUUACAUCGCGCUAGAAGGUGAUCGCACAACCCAUUACAUCGACGGAUUAAGAGAUCAAGUAGCAAACGGGCAAUACAAUAUCGUUUUGUGCGUGUUGCGUUCGCAUCGAAACGACACGUACAAUGCCAUCAAGAGAGAAACCUUGUGCAAAGACGCAAGCAUCAUUUCACAGGUUAUUACAGAGAAAAAUCUAAACUUGGACCCAGGCAAACUAAAGUCGGUUGCUACAAAAGUGAUGAUUCAAAUGGCCUGUAAAUUGGGAGCCGAACCUUGGAAAUUGGGUAAAUCCCCGUUAGACACCAAGAAAUUUAUGGUGAUAGGUUACGACACUUAUCACGACGCUGCAAAUAAAAAAGCAGUUGGAGCUUUCGUUGCCUCGAUCAACAGCAGUUGUACUCGUUACAAUUCGUCCGUUAAAAUUCAUUCGGCCAACGAAGAGAUUUCGCCAAGUUUCAGAGAUCACAUGCUAACCGCCUUGAAGGCUUAUUACACAGCAAAUAAACAGCCACCACAAUCAGAUCUCCCAUUACCCCAGGAUAUAAUUAUCUAUCGAGAUGGUGUUGGAGCUGGGGAUAUUCAAACUGUUCUCAAUGUCGAGCUGCAAGGAAUCAAGGACGCCUGCAGGGAAGCGUCAACUGUCUUUGGCAAAGACUACAAUCCUGGCAUUUCUUUCGUGAUUGUAAGUAAACGGGUAACCACGCGCUUUUUCGUCGAUAAAAGAGAUAGACAAGAGAAUCCACCGUGUGGAACUGUGGUCGACAAUACGGUGACGCUAAGCGAACGCUUCGAUUUCUUCUUGGUGUCGCAAAAAGUCUCACAAGGAACGGUGUCGCCAAUCAAUUGCAACGUCAUUUACAACUCAUCAAAUCUACCUCCAGAUUUUCACCAAGCUUUAGCGUACGCUUUGACUCAUGUCUACUUCAAUUGGGCGGGUACACUGCGAGUACCGGCUCCGAUUCAGUACGCACACAAAUUAGCAUACCUAGUCGGUGAGAACAUUGAGCGCGUCCCUCACGAAGACUUGGCCAAAUAUCCCUAUUACCUAUAAAGCCGUUUUUUGUACUUGCCUCAGUAAAAGAGGAAAAAUGAUCUCCCCAAUUAAAUGAAUUCUUUUAGUGUUCCUCCACGCAUACCUAUCUUAAUCUGUUAGCGAUUCCAUUUGAGAAGUCCUGUGAACUGUAUUAAUGUUAAUCGUGAAACAAAAUCACAUUACAACUCAACCAACACCGGAUGGAUGGGUCAUAAGAGCCUACAUAAAAAAAAAACA